AUGUUCCCAUUUAGGUUGGUUUUUGGAAAACCAUGUCAUCUUCCCGUGGAAUUGGAACACCGUGCAUUUUGGGCGGUCAAACAAUGCAACUUCAACAUCGAUGAGGCAGGAAGGCAUAAGAAGCUUCAAAUUCAAGAGUUGGAGGAGUUGAGAAAUGACUCCUAUGAAAACUCAAUGAUUUACAAGGAAAGGACAAAGUUUUUCCAUGACAAGUCCAUUACCCGCAAACAUUUCGAGCCGGGACAUAGGGUUUUGCUUUAUCAUUCGCGAUUGAAAUUAUUUCCUGGAAAGUUGAUUUCAAGAUGGAUAAAUCCGUUUGUUGUGCUAAAAGUCUUUGAGCAUGGAGCAGUUGAGAUCCAAAGUGAAGAAACAUGGCAAAUCUUUAAAGUCAGUGGGCAUCGAUUGGAAGCUUUCUAUAAAGGUUUUAACGCAAAUGUCUUAGAUGUCAUCCAAUUGGAUGCCCCGGUGUACAGAAAUCAAAAGGGAACCACGAGUCGCCAAAGAUGUUAA